GAAAAGGAACACUAAUAUUCAACAGACACACAAUUUCAUUGUCUUUGUGGAAUCAAGUUUUGUGCACUUUCUUCUCAAAUUUUCCAUGGGGGAAGGGGGAGUUGAGCCUAGGCUUGAUUUCUUGCCCUUUCCCACCUCCACCCGGCCAGGGGCCCUGGAGGCUCAAUGAAACAGGUUUUCGCUAGACUGUGAUAGGACAGGAGCCUUCCUCCUAAGUGCUUUAGUCUUCCUUAAUAGAAAAACAGGCUCUCCAGUUUUGACCCAGAGACUGCCUGCCCUCCAGCCAUAGCCUUGGGAUCCCAGAGAAGGUGCUUUCCAGGAUUGCACACAAAUCCUAGUCUCUUGUUUAGAAGACUGGGCAACGUUCGGGUGGGUAAGGAGGGAAGCCCCUAUUUGAGCUAGACGCUCCCUCCAGGGCGCCGGAGGGGGCUACUGGUUGCUGGGGGAGGGAAGAAGGGCGGCGGGUGGGGAACGAGGAUACCGCGAGCUGGGGGCCAGGAAGAGAGAGGGGCGGGGCGGGACAGGACGCGGCAACUUCGCUUGGUGGCCACUUGGGCACUAGAAGCAGUGGCUGCGGUGGUGGUGGCAGGAGCAGCAGCUACGAGAGCAGCCAGCGGCCCCUCGGAUCCCAGUGGAAUCGAGAUCUCUAGGAGUGGAGGAGCACAGCUAUCGAGAGCCGCACGGAGAACGAAGACCCCGAGGUACUGAGGCUUUGGAAAGGCUGGGUCUGGCUAGGACUUCCCGUGCCCCAGUGCUCCCCGCUACCCCAAUGGCUGAGCUCUUGGGCUCUGGCACUGGCCGCGGAUAGGAAGCGAAGUGAGGACCCCCGCCCAGCAGAAGCCGGAGCGCAGGGUUGGUUGGGGGAGCGCGGGAGAGGACUCCAUGGGUAGCGCAGACCGAAAUGGUGAUGGACAUCAACAGCAGCGGCGGCGGUGUCUCAGACCCAAGCUACUACAGUAGCCUCCGCUCCUUCCUGCUACAGGAGGUGGGACAAGGUCUCCGCGACCUGAGCCCGGACGGUGGUGGUGGUGGCAGCGACGGGAUGAUCUCGGGCUCCUGGGAGCCAAAUCUGCUGCAGGUGAUCCAGGAGGUUACAGCCAGCCCAGAGCCAGGCGCCUCCUCUGACAACGACACGGUCUGCGGAGAGCAGAUCAACUAUGGCAAUACCGAGAAAGUUGUGAUUGGGGCCAUCCUGUCUCUCAUCACGCUGCUCACCAUCGCGGGCAACUGCCUGGUGGUGAUCUCCGUCUGCUUUGUCAAGAAGCUCCGCCAGCCCUCCAACUACCUGAUCGUGUCGCUAGCCCUGGCCGAUCUUUCAGUGGCUGUGGCUGUCAUGCCCUUUGUCAGUGUCACGGACCUCAUCGGAGGCAAGUGGAUCUUUGGACACUUCUUUUGCAACGUCUUCAUCGCCAUGGACGUGAUGUGCUGCACCGCUUCGAUCAUGACCCUCUGUGUGAUCAGCAUUGAUAGGUACCUUGGGAUAACAAGACCUCUGACCUAUCCUGUGAGACAGAAUGGCAAAUGUAUGGCCAAAAUGAUCCUUUCUGUGUGGCUCCUCUCUGCCUCCAUCACUUUACCUCCUCUCUUUGGCUGGGCUCAGAAUGUCAAUGAUGAUAAAGUUUGCUUAAUCAGCCAGGACUUUGGCUACACCAUUUACUCCACUGCUGUUGCAUUUUACAUCCCCAUGUCUGUGAUGCUUUUCAUGUACUAUCAGAUUUAUAAAGCUGCUAAGAGGAGUGCUGCUAAACACAAAUUCACUGGGUUCCCUCGAGUUGAAGAAAAUAACGAAGGUGUAAUAUCAGUUAAUGGUAUGGUGAAGCUCCACAAGGAUCCUGAGGAGUGUGCCAAUUUUUCCAGACUCCUUAAACAGGAGAGGAAAAAUAUCUCCAUCUUUAAAAGGGAGCAGAAAGCAGCCACCACCCUUGGGAUUAUUGUUGGGGCCUUUACUGUGUGUUGGCUACCCUUCUUCAUCCUCUCGACAGCAAGACCGUUUAUCUGUGGGACUUCCUGUAGCUGCAUCCCAUUGUGGAUGGAGAGAACAUUCCUGUGGCUAGGCUAUGCAAACUCCCUCAUUAACCCUUUUAUAUAUGCCUUCUUCAACCGAGACCUGAGGACCACCUAUCGCAACCUGCUCCAGUGCCGAUAUAGGAAUAUCAAUCGGAAACUUUCAGCUGCAGGGAUGCAUGAAGCUCUGAAGCUGGCCGAGAGACCUGAAUUUGUGCUACAAAACUCUGACUACUGUCGGAAAAAAAGUCAUGAUUCAUGAUGCAGAGCAGAAUGAUGGAGCCUGAAAUCAACAAGGGGUGAAAGAGGUGACUCACUCCUGGUGAAGAAGUUUCUGGCUUUCAAAAUGUAGCUUCUCCUGUGGGAGGAACCAUUCAAAUGUGACAUCAACGUGGAUGAUCCAUUGUAUGACAUGCACUGAUUUGGAGAGGGAUGAUCUCUCCCUCUCUCUUGCUUGCUUACCAUUUGUAAAUCACUGCUAUUGUGUACAAAUGAAAAUCAUUGUCUGCCUAUGACAGCAAGAUCAUGUUUUAGCAAUAAGCACAUUGAUAAAACUGAGUUCCAUAGAGGAUGGAAACAGUUUCUAGUGCUUCACAUCUGUCUAAGUCUUUGUAAGUGAAAGGAAGUCCUCGUUCACAGUCCCCAUGCUUCUGAGGCAAGAUGUUAUUAUGAUUAUUCAGGGAUCAUUGGUGAAAAAAAGCUGUAUUUUGUUGUAUGACAAAUAGAUAUUUUUUAAGCAAACACUGGUAAGUCAAGUGUUGAAAAUGUUGCAUGCCCAUGUUAGAAAAUAAACUUAAAGCUACUGUAGUCUGCUAAUACGAAUCUCGUCCCAAGGCAUUGUUUAUUUAAAGCCCAUGUCAAGAAGUUUGGCUUUUUCACCAAGGCCCCUGUGUCUUUCCCAUAAAAAGUACUUUAUGUGUUGACCUACUUAUUGUUCCUAUAGGUCUCAAGGAUGGAAUUAAGGUUGAAAAGGGCCAGAAAACCUAGCCACAGGUUUCCCUUUCCCAACAGUUCUUCCUAGGGGUGCUGAGGGUUUAAAAUAAUUCAUUUCCCAAGUUUUAUACCAAUCCAAGGUUUAAAAAAAGGCUUCACUGGAAGCAGUCUGCUAGUCAAUAAGAAUUCAUUAAGAUUUCUAUGUAUGUAGGUGCUAGGAAGAUUAAGAAAAGAAAGAACAGAGUGGGAUUCCCAAACCUUGAAAUACUGUUUUAUGUUCUGGUGUCCUAGAUCCAAUAACUAGUGGAUACCAUUUUGUAAUCAGUGGGAUGGUACUUCAGAGCUGGCAUGCUUGUCCCCCCUGCAUGCUUCUGAAUGUUCAGUGUGAAGAACUGCUUCCUUUGGGCAUGAUCAUGCUCAACUUUGGGAUACAAAUUUGAAGGGGAAAGGAGUAAGGAAGAGCUAGAGUGCUCUAGAGCCUUGGAUGAAAGCUCCUGAGAAGGUCUUGGGCUCAUUCGCUGUGAUACCCAUAUCUUAAAGCAAAUGUGUGCCUUGGGUGAUGCAAUUCUAAUUCAUGUAAGGUCGACAAUCAGGGCAUAGCUAAACAGAAAUGAUCCUGUCAUUGAUCUGACUUGUCAAACUGGGAGGUUCAGUAAAUGCAGAACAUAGGAAUGGUCAUAAUACUUGAGAGUAGACCCAAGGGAGAGGUGAUGGAGGAUGGGGAGCCCUAGGAGCAGAUGGACAAUUUUUCCUACAGUACAGGAGAUGAUGCACCCCCCGGGAUUUUUGGCUUUCUAAUAGGGGCUCCAGACAUGCAUGAUUUUACUUUGGCUUUGCCUCUUACCAGAACCAGGGAAGCACCUGCGUCUUGGAAAAAAGAGAAAGUGGGUGCUUGCCUUCUAGCCUGAGCUAUAUCAAUAUAUUAAUGGCAGGCUUCAUAGAGUAAUUGUAUAUAAUUAUAUUAAUAAUUUAAAGGAUUAAUUAUAGUAUGAUGAAUGUUGUGUUCCAUUUGAAAAUGUUUUAUUACAUUAAAUCUAAUAAAGUAUUUAUAACUGCAA